AUGGGCGUUCUUCAGCUCCUCUUUCCUUCCAUACUUUUUCUGCUCUUCAUAUCUUCAACUUUGGCCUCUUCUCAAGACCAGCUGAAGGAUAAGAUUCUCAGGUUGCCAGGCCAGCCACCGAACGUUAGCUUCUCCCAAUUCUCCGGCCACAUCACCGUCGAUUCUCGGGCGGGGCGGGCACUCUUCUAUUGGUUCGUCGAGGCUCCGAAAGAAGCCCGGCCCAAGUCGAGACCGCUGGUUCUGUGGCUCAAUGGUGGGCCGGGCUGCUCUUCCAUAGCCUAUGGAGCUUCCGAGGAGGUCGGACCUUUUCGGGUCCGGCCAGAUGGCAGAAGUCUCGAUCUAAAUCCCUAUGCCUGGAAUCGAGUGGCCAAUUUGCUGUUUCUGGAUUCUCCUGCUGGCGUGGGAUUCUCUUAUUCAAACACUUCGUCAGAUUUGUAUGAGGUUGGUGACAAUAGGACAGCAAAAGAUGCAUACAAGUUCCUAACUAGCUGGCUGGAGAGGUUCCCUCAGUACAAGAAGAGACCUUUCUACAUCGCAGGAGAAAGCUACGCUGGACACUACAUUCCUGAGCUGUCCCAGAUCAUAGUCCAAAAGAACAGGAGAUCGGUCAACAAAACGACUCCCACCAUCAAUUUCCAAGGUUUCUUGUUAGGGAACCCACUGAUCGACGACUACCACGACAACGUCGGGAGCCACGAGUACUGGUGGAACCACGGCCUCAUCUCCGACCAAACCUACAAGCAGCUCCAGAAGUAUUGUCCCAACCAAUCGUUCCUGUUCCCGAGGGGACAGUGCAACUCGGCACAGAACGCGGCGUUCACCGAGUUCGGCAACAUCAAUCCUUACAGCAUCUACAGCCCUCCGUGCCAAGCUCUCGGCUCUACCCAGCAUCAUCAUCAUUCCCAGCUGCAGCUGCUUUCUUUCCUUGGAAUAUGCCAGCCGUGGAAGUUUAGGGGAAACGAUGAGUGUGUAACGAAAUACACGAAAGUGUACAUGAAUCGCCCUGAUGUUCAGAAGGCUCUCCAUGCAAAACAGACCAGAAAUAGUACUCCCAAUCCUUGGACUACUUGCAGCUCUGUGAUUAGGAGGGAGUGGAAGGAUUCCCCAAAAUCGGUGCUUCCAAUCUUCAAACAACUCAUCAAAGCUAAGAUCAGAAUAUGGGUUUUCAGUGGUGAUGCAGAUGCGAUCUUGCCGGUGACGGCGACUCGAUACUCCAUCGGAGCUCUGAACCUUCGAACCAUAAAAAACUGGUCGGCUUGGUACGACAAUGAGAAGCAGGUGGGAGGAUGGAGCCAAGAGUACGAAGGGUUGACGCUUCUGACGGUGAGAGGAGCAGGGCACGAGGUUCCUCUCACUCGCCCGAAGCUUGCUCUCUUGCUCUUCACGCAGUUCCUAAGAAACCAAUCCAUGCCCAAUGGUGACGAUUAACCGAUCGAGGGGGGGAAGGGUGCCUGCAUGUUAUACUGCUAUUUAUUGAUUGAUUAUUUACUGUAUACGUACGUGUAGACAAGUUAAGAGGAGUUGAUAUUCUCUUAAUUAUAU